AUGAAUGAAUGCAACAAGGGAAAAGGGCACUUCUUAAAACAGCUACAUGAUCACAAAAGUGCUAAAAUAGUGUACAAACGAAACGAAUACCCUUUUGUAAGAAAACGCUUGAACAAUGUGGCACAACAUUUUAAAAAAUACGCAGAGCGGUUUAUUGGGCUCAUGGGAAACAGUGCGUCCUGGUAUACGCACAGCCAUGAACAUUCACCCAAUCAGUUAACGCUAAAGUGUUGCGUUGGGCUAACUAGUCGAGUGUUUUGCUUCUUAUGUGUACAAUCAGAUUGUGAGUCCUGUACGGGAGCAUAA